AUGCGCUCACAGUCAUCACGGCAGUGUAGGACAGCGAAGACGGUUGUGGUUCCUGGCAUUGGUGUCAUUUCUACGUACAUGAGGCAAAGCGAUGUGGCUGGAGUGCGCCGGUGCCGCCUGCUUCAUCGUAGCGCCUCGUUCUCCAGUGGCAUGUCAUGCCACCUCACGCCAGCGCGCAAAUUGUUUGGCAGCUGGGUGGCUUCAACAGCAGUAGCAACUACAAUCAACACCCAGAGCCCGGCAGCACCAACGUUUGGGGACUGCAGUGACACGGGUACGAACGCUUCUUUGGCUGCUUCACAGACAUCUCCGUUGGAGAGUGAAGGGCAGCACAACUUCGCCAGCAGGAGAGCGUUCUCAGGGGGGGGGUUCUCGGGGAUGUGGCCAAUUGAGGUGCCGGGCAGAGCUCGUGGUGUUGUCGGCGCCACAAACGUAGUGUAG